CUGGUCGUUUGCGAAAAGUUGAUAAAAACAAAACCGCCAUACACUUCCUAUUUCAAUGAUUAUGACCUACCUUAGCAAAACGCUAUUAUUGUUCUCUUGCGAGUUAUACAGAUCAAAAUACCUUCACCUUCUCAACUCCCAGACUUGUUGAAUAUUGAAUAUUCUAUGAAGAAUCAGGGUUGAAGAAUAACCGACUGGGAUAAAUACUAUGCAAUAUCUCCAAACAUGCUUGACACAUAUAUCAAUAGCCGCCUAGCUCUAAUCAUGAUAGUUUGACAUGCGAAACAUUCGGUCCUGAACCCUUACUACAGCCUGUCUCAGCGAACCAUCGUCUAUCACUCCAGCCCCCUUAAUCUGCCUGUCGACGAUCGACGUUAUAUCAUCGUAAUCCUUCCAGAAUAUAUCUUGGCAGGUUGAAAGGAUUCCUGCUAACCUUUCUCGCAACAGCAAACAUUCCAAAAAUCUUUGGUUCUCUGCAUCCGUCUUCCGAAUAAUCCACUUGAUCUCGGAUAUAAUUUCAGUCACAGUUUCAAUUGAAGGACUUUCGAGGCAUAACUCAAGCAUUAAGAUUUUCAGCAAGGUCUUGAUCGUCUGGCGAUGAGUGCGGCCCGGACGACUCUGCUGAGCGGCCAAAAUGUCGUUGAGCUCGCCGCUGUAGUCCAUAUUCUGUGUCGUGUCGUCUUCGAACUCGGAGGCAAGUAGUUUUGCUAGUAUAGAUUCUUGCUUCGCAUGUAGAAUGAUGGGAUGAUCGCUAUCUAGAUGCACUGCGAGGUCAGGUUGAUCUGCGUCUUCUUCACCAGUACACCUCGACGAUGGGGUUUCGUCCCCAAUAACAGUAUCGAAACACGACAUGGCCUUCCUGUAAAGGUCACGGCGUUCUGUGUCGUCUGCCUUUACCAUUGCCGUUGUCGAAUAGAUUUCUCCGAUGGACAGACAAGCCAUGAGUGGCAGCGGGUGGAAACGCCCCAGGCUUUUCUUUCCAGCAUCACGUACCAGCCCCAGGACCCUGAGUGCCAGGUCCAGUUCUGAACGGGGUUGCCUGGUCAAGAUCUUCCCACACGUUAGUAAAGUAUACAGGAUAUCAGGAUGAGCUGCGACUCCCGAGUCCGAUGCGGCGAAAGCGUCUUCAAUGCCCUGCAGCAGCGAUGGCUUGUCCAUCAGGAAGAAUAUAACCCCGUCGUUCGAAUCACCUUUCCACCAAAGUUUAUCGCGCUGGAAGCACAGAUACUUUUGAAGUUGGCAGUACAGUACAGAAAAAUUCUCAGUUUCGGCAAUCUCUAGGGAUCCCAAGUGAUAUUGGGCCAGAGAAAGCAGAGACAGGACUCUCAACACCUCAGGGUGCUCAGACCCCCAAAGGCUUACUGCGUUGUUUUUGACCUCAGUCAGAAUAAUCUUAGCUGUCGAAUAGUUACCGCACUCAAUAUGCAGCGCUCCAAGCUGGCUCUUGUACUUAAGAGUCGAAGGGUGGCCGUGUCCCAGAUCAGCGGUGGACUCGGCACGUUGACAUAAAGAACCGGAAUCGUCCAGUGCAAGCGUCAGGAAUCCUUCGCGCUGCGCCGCAGAGAUUAAAAUAAACUCUGCCUCUAGUGCCAGAGGGUGCUCAUUUCCAAAGGCUUCCUCUAUCACUUCGGCGCAUCGCUCACACGAGAUCCUCCCUAGGCGAACUUGCCCCGUCUCGACUUGAAGAAAGGAACUGAGGAGUGCAACUUCAAUAGUCAGGAGAUUGGUCUCGCCUAUCUUGACUAUUGCAUCGCUCAGGGCUGGCUGUAGAAUUAACAGUGCUUGAUGAUAGCACCCUCGAAGAACGUCAAUACGGGCUUUGUUGAGGAUGUUGGAGAUCCUGAUACCCUCAGAUGAUUGAAUGUAUAUCAGCUUCUCGCACCACUCAUGCCCAGUCUCAACUACGUUGAGUGUCUCGGACUUGAGAUUGUCGAGCUUCUCGCACCAGUUGUCCGCCGCAUUUAGCUCCUCUUUGAUCCUCGGGGCAUGAAGAAAGCCUUGAUGAGCUAUUACUAGAGCUCGAAGUCUGCAAACAGAAGCCGAAAGCUUGUAGUAUUUUAUUUUCUCUUUGGGUUGAUUCGAAGAUAGUGGCAUGUACUCGUCAGGCAGUAUGAUCUCAUUUAAACAGUACUUCAUUUCCUUGUAGUUGCCGGUUCGAAACAAAGCAAGAGCAUGGUUAAGUAAUAUAGCGCCGUGGGCGUUUGUUAUGCUCGGUUUCAGGUAUUGGUCAUCAAACCCACUGAGGUCAUCUCGCAACUGGCGUAGAUCCCUCUCUGCUUGCACAUAUUGUCCCAGCAUCAUGCGAGCGAAGGCUAGGCCUGAUUUGAUUUCCCAAAUGGCGGUGUUGUAUGGAAUGUCCAUUCUGAGGCAUUCUUGGAACAUUGCAAGGGCGUGUUUGUUGUCUCCGCUUUCGAGGCGCGACUCAGCCUGGUCUCUGAGAUCCUUCCAUUUUGUCUUGCCUGGCGCCCCUUUUGGCAUAUUUGGCAGGUAUUUGGGUUUGGUCUCUCCUCCGGAUGCAAGUACCGAGGCUGCUGAAGGCAUUGAUGCCUCAAUGACAUUUUCAUAUGGCUGUGCUUGUGUAAAGUAUGUCGUUGAGAUGGUAGAUCCUACGGAAGGGACUUGUGGGACAAACGAGAUAUUCAUGGCGUCGUACAAGCGACGAAUAGCGAUUUCAAAGGGCUUUGAAAGCACGCGAAGUAAAUCAUUGUCCAGAGAUUCAUCGUCAAUGAAGUCUCUCUGGCGACUUGUUAUCCAGACCAUGCGGUUUAAUUCAGGGCUGAUGCGCUUCCGAAUCGUCUCAUCAAACCGGGUAUUGAUCGUUUUGAUUAGUGCAUCGACCUUUUUCCACGUAUACCCAUCAAUCGGGAAACUUGCGCUCGCUCGGUCAUUGUCUUGAAAGAGCAGGAUGAGGUUUGUGUUGGCUGGAAUUCUAGAAAAGGAGCGCACUGAGAUACUCUUCACCAAGUCAGAUCCUGGAGCAUCUGCAAGUAUCACAAGAUAGGGGGGGUCGUUUUUUCGAGCUCUCCAUGACCGGGGAGACUCUAUGAAGUCUUGCAGUCGGGCAACCAUCUCGUCAAACGAGACUUUCCCGUCUUGGUAUGCCUCCUUCUGAGUAAAAUUGACUUCUGUCAGGCGGUAGCGUAAUGUGAACCCUUGCAGAAUUUUGUCGGCUGCGUCUAGACAGGAAACUAAUGUAGUUUCUGCUGCAGAAUGGAUGAAGAGAACUCUGUAGAGAAUGAGGAUAAGCAUACAUCAAGUCGCGGGCCGGGCCAAUCUCACUCAAUCACACGUUUGUUAUUGCCGCAUCCAACGGGCUUACGAACGGACGUAGUACUGGCCGUGAAACCCUGUGGCGCCUUUAUAGCAUACUUACGUUACUCCAUCACAUACUGUAUUUACAGACUCACGUACCGCUUGAAAGGGGCAGUGUAGCCAGCCAGUCACCUUUAGUACCUUCAAUUUGCAUUACAAAAUUGGUAGCUAUGCAGCAUUUGAAGGAAAUUUAUGAUACUAAGUGGUUGACAACAUUCACGGUGGGAUAUUUUGAUACCCUCGAUCACUGCUCUUCUACAAAACACUCGUGGACAUACGACAACUUCGUCAGUUUUCCGAAGCAACAUGGAUACUGGGUCGAUGAAAACUACAGAGUGCAUCAGUCUGGCAAAAAGAGCAGCUGCAGAUUUCUUGAUCGCCCUGCACUUGACCAGGCUUGGCUGUUUUUCCAACUUAUCUACUGUGUUGUUCGCGACCAGGAGGAGCCGUUCUUGGCCCACGAGAAGCUUGUUUUCGAGGGUAAACUCGACACGAAAGAGCUUCCUCAUGCGCUUAAUCAAUGGGACAAGCAUAUGAGGGAAUUGCACGAGAAAGACCCAGGAGCCGCCGUCAUGCGGUUUCUCGAAGCAAACCAGAUACUAGAGCUCGCAAAGCAAGUAGUCCUGGCAAACCUGGCUGAAGGCUCACCAUCUAUGCUCGUGCCACAGCCCAUAAAGAGAUUCAAGCAAGGGAAUUGGGCCACUGAACUUUAUGAACAGCGAAAUCUCUGUUUAAUGAUUUUGGGGGAGACUCUUUCGGCGGUUCUCACAAGAAUCAUGAGAACCUGCAAGAUCAAUCUUCCAGGUUGGGAGCUUGAUGAUGGGGGAGGAUGGGGCCCGUCAGCAUAUGUGUCCAGAAUGAUGUUCGAGCAUGGCUGGUGUCCAAGAUCCCAGGCGACAGUGAAAGGUCAGCUCGGCCGGAACGCCACCCUGUUAUAUGUGACAGUGUUGGCGCAUAACGAGAAUCGCCAUAAUUGCGAUCCUCAGGGCCAUGAACAUCGACGAUGCACCCCUUCAAAAUGCGAGUUUAUAGAAGCCUUGGACAAUCCUCCUGAUAAUAACAGAGGCCUAAUCCGGGAAUACAGGCCAUCACAUGCUCAGGGUUGUACCGAGUGCGGUAUGAUUGGUCCAAAUGAAAAUGACAUCCUGGACGUCCUUGAGCGCAGCAAUGCUUCGAAGACAGUCGUCUUCCCGCUGAUAAGGGUUUGGGAGGAUAAUGAAAACAAGACUCUUGAGAUCAAGGUGGAGGAAUGGAAAGUUGGGACACCAUAUGCGACAGUGUCCCAUGUCUGGUCACAGGGACUGGGGAAUAGGAACAAGCGGGAGAUCCAUGUCUGUCAGUUAAGGGCUAUCAAAGACUUGCUGCAACAGGUCUUUGGAGAGAAAGAAUCUUACCUCUUUUGGCUCGAUACAUUUGCCAUCCCGCAGCGAGGUACGGGAGACACAAGACAUGGUCAGUUGAAGCGGAAAGCCAUAGGGCUCAUUCACCACAUAUUCAACAAUGCAGAACAUUGCAUUAUCCUCGAUCGUUAUCUCAUGAAUUUCGGAAGGGCCUAUGACUCUAAUUGUCGCGCUAUUGGUGCUGAGGUACUGGCAAGUGGAUGGAUGAUGCGACUAUGGACCCUCCAGGAGGCUUUCGUAAGUGACCAAUUGCAUCUUGCACUGAGGGGUCACGAUGUAUUCAACAAAAAGCCACAUGAUUUGGACAAUUUCUGGACUGACACCAAUGGCCAAGAUGUGUUGAGGAGCUCAAUCACAGAAAUCACGAGGGGCAAGGUGGAGGUUAAUUUGAUGAGAACGGGACCAAGAAGGCCCCUGGCAGAGAAAAGCAUUUCUGAGCGUGCUUUAUUGAUAGGGAGUGCCUGGAGAGCGGUACGAUAUCGCACCACCAGAAACCCGGGGGAAGAGACGUUGGCGCUGUCUAGCUUGCUUGACAUUCCCAUUCUACAAGACGAUGAAAGCCCAGUGCUUUCUACAUCCCGAGAGGAAGAUCGCGAGAGGCUCAUGGAAAGAUUCUGGGGAACAGUAGGCAACGACAAUGCUUUUGGAAAUGCAAUCCCUCCUGGAAUUAUCUUCUUACCUGGAAAAAGAUUGUCUUCGGAGGGCUUCAGAUGGGCUCCCUUUACAUGGAUGUCUGGCGAAGUGGAAGCAUAUCCGUUUCCCCUGGACAACCCAAAGCAUCCUACGAAACUAAUCCCCAAGGGGCUUGUCGUCCAGCUCCCAGGGUUUUGCCUCUACCCUACUGGAGACAAGCUUCGUGAUAUAAUCUCAACUAGUAACAGAAGCUCAUUCAGAUUCUCUGUUAGCAGGGGCCUCGAUGAAUGGUACCAAGUCUCCGCCGCGAGGAAGAGGAGUCAAUUGAACGGCAUCUCAGCCCCCCUGGAUAACGGGAAUCACGACCUACAUCCCAUUGCACUGGAGCUACGAAAAGAUAUUGACUCGGGAAAGCCUCUGAAGAUUGGUAUCAUUCUUUCCCGGCCACGGCCUGUCGAAGUGCAAGGCGAGAUUGGACUGUUGGUCAAAAUAUGUGAUAAAGAGGGACGCUGUCCUGUAUCUGGUAGAGGCAAGUCUCUUCUCAUCUGCAAAAUAAUUCGACGUAUCGAGGUCUCGCGGCUCGCGAUUGGCGCUUCCGGUGAUAUCCCAUGGGAGACAGGGCCUCAAGAAGCACCCGGGUAUGAUCCCAUAUUGAGCAGAUAUGAGAGAUUCCAGCGGGAAAAGGUUGCGGGAGUGCAAUUAGACGAUGAUCAGAGCUGGUGUGUCGACGGGUUUCCUGGGAAAGCCCCAGCAACUGGUGGUCUCAAGCGGAGUCAGACUGACCUUUCUACUCCACGUCAGUCUGGAGGCUUCUUAAGCAAGCUGAAAAGGGUUGUGACGAGCAGCUCGAGAUUUGAGAGCUCAGAUUUAUAAUCUAUAUAUUUAAUCUCCCGUUAAUUGAUAGAACUGUCUGCCCUGUUAAUGUCGUCGAAUAUCUCAGAUUUUGACUUGUCAGAUUUCGGCUAGUAGGUAGAUCAUCGGUCUGUUGGUGCAAAGCCACUACGUAGCGCUAGGACCUCUGUAAUAGAUACAUCGUGCCAGAGUCGCCAGCCAAUUGGGGUGCACAUCGCGUAAAGGCCCGGUUGACAAACAUAGAUUCUGAGUUAAUAACAACCUUGAGCUAUUAUAAUUGAUCAUCUACGGAGUACUGCUUGUAAAGUCUCAAAGCCUUUUCAUAAAUAUCUCGCUAUCUCGUUGUGGG